AUGACACCUUCGAGACAACUAUUAUCAGCUUUAAAAUCAAGAUUUGCACCUUCGAAACGUUCAUCACCAGCUUUAGGGUCAAGAAUUAAUAUUCAAAAUGAUUUUACUUCUUUCUAUCAAAAUUCUAUUAAUUUAAUGAUUGCAUCUUUACGAAAGUCAUCAGCUUCGGAACCAAAUUAUUCUAACAAUGCAUUUAAUCACUUCAACUCUAAUAACAUAGUUAUUUCAUCAAUAUUUAAUGAAAUGUUAAUUUAUCAUAUUUGUUUAUGGUUAUAUGCAAAUCCAAAUAUUCUGCAGCUUGCAAAUAGUAUGAACUUAUCAAUGCAAACACUAGCUGCGGAUGGUUUACAAUUUACUCCUUCCAUCUUUUCGGCAUUAUCGUCUACAGCACAAGAUCAAUAUGAUAAAAAGGCAUUUGAAGAUUUAGUGCGACAGAUUAUCAAAUGUGAUCUUAAUUUAGCCAAAGGUAUUGAAUGGCUUCAAGUAGCUAAAAGGCACUUCGGUAACUUCCGUAACAAAUUAAUUAAUAAUAUUGAAGAGUUAGUUGAAGAUUUCAAAAAAAAAGAACUCGGUUAUUCUACAACUAGCUCAUUGCAAAAAGAAGAAAUUAUUGCAUUUGUAGACGAAUCUGUAACUAUUAAUAUAUUAAAUUGGUGGCUUAAUGCAACAAAUGAAGAUGAAUUACAUGCUCAAAAUUCAAUUUCUCAUUUGUGCAUAUUUAUUCAAAGCGUAUUUGCUAUUAAUUAUACAACAAGAGAUAUUGAGAAGACAAAGCAUUAG